GGUAAUACUAUCUGCACGGCGACGGUAUUGUUGGACACGGGCAUGGUGAAAAUGACGGAGCCUGUGACGAAGCUGGUCCUGGACACACCGUCGGGCCUGGUCGGGGUAACAGCAGAUUGUGAAGAUGGAAAAUGCAAAGCCAUCGCCUUUGAUAAUGUGCCCAGCUUUGUAUACAAGUUGGAUCUUCCGGUGGAUGUGCCAGGGCUGGGAGUCGUGAACGUUGAUAUUGCCUGGGGGGGGAUGCAUUAUGCUAUCGUGGACGCUCGGUCCAUCGGUCUCAAAAUCGCCAAUGAGAAUGGUCCGAAGCUGAUUGAACUGGGGGAGAGAAUCAAACAGGCCGUGAGAAACACCUAUACACCGGUGCAUCCGGAAAAUGACCAGAUCAGGGAGGUCACGAUAGUUGAGUUCACCGAGCCACUGCACCAGGAGGAUGACAAGAGAGUCGCCGUGAAUACGGUGGUCGUCUCUCCCGGAAGGUUUGAUCGGUGUCCAUGCGGCACAGGAAGUUCGGCCAGAAUGGCCGUCUUGCACGCCAGGGGCGAACUUCAAGUAGGGGAGAGUUUCGUUCACCAGAGUAUUAUCGGAUCCACUUUCACCUGCCAUAUACGAGGAACCACCAAAGUCGGUCAAUAUGAUGCGGUCUUGCCAACAGUCAAGGGCAGUGCCUGGAUCACUGGCUUCAAGCAGAUGGUCUUGGACCCGUCUGACCCUUUUCCAGCUGGCUUCCGGGUGGGUGAUCAAUGGCAUGUCCGUCAAGAGCAUUGAUCUGUUUGUCGACGUUUUGUGUUGUUAGAUGGAUACUUU